UCUUCCCCAAAAUGGCAAAUUUGGAUCCUGGUGAAAUUUUGACAAAAAGUUUGGACCUCCAAACAUCUUUAUCAGAGCAUGAUGGAGAUAAAGAUCGCAAGAAUGUUAUAUAUGAAUACAUAGAGCAAUUAGAGAAUGGAAAAUGUUCGAUAUUCCCGGAGUUUGAGGCGGGUCUUGAAUGGAUCAACACCAGCCGACCUUUGUCAGUUGCUGAUGAUUUCCGUGACAGGAUUGUAGUGUUGGAUUUCUUCACCUACUGCUGUAUCAACUGCAUGCACAUCCUACCCGACCUGGAGGCUCUUGAGGACAAGUUUACUGAGAAUGAUGGAGUCUUUGUUGUUGGCAUCCAUUCUGCAAAGUUCGACAACGAAAAACUCUUGACGAACAUAGUUAGUGCUGUCUUAAGAUAUGGUAUUCAUCACCCAGUAGUCAAUGACCAAACUGCCUCUCUUUGGCAGCAGCUGCAAGUUCAGUGUUGGCCAACACUUAUGAUCUUGGGGCCAAAGAAUCAGAUCUUACUCACCUUGAUGGGUGAAGGGAACAGAGAACUCUUGAUUGAAUUCGUUGGAAUUGCUUUAGAGUAUUACAAGAAGACAGAUUCAAUACGACCGAGUCAUCUACCGAUGGAUCUGGCAAAACACCAUCUUCCUUCGUCUGUGUUGAGUUUUCCAGGGAAAGUUGCUGUUAAUGAAAAAGGAGACUGGAUAGCAGUGUCGGACAUUGGACAUCACAGAGUGCUGAUUAUAGAUAAGCUGGGAAUGGUCCAGUAUGUGAUUGGUGGUGAUAGACCAGGAUUCAAAGACGGUAGCUUCAAAGACACCAAGUUUCAUUCUCCACAAGGGCUCGCAUGGCAUAAGGAUCUUGUCUUCCUGGCUGACACAGACAAUCAUGCCAUCCGUCAGAUUGAUCUUUCCAAGCAAGAGGUGACAACUUUAGCAGGAACAGGAGAACAGGGUCACUGCAAGCAGGGGGGUGCUAUUGGUACGCAGCAGCCAAUCAGCUCACCUUGGGACCUCGUCAUGGGAAAUUCACUCGGGUCUGACGUGAAGGACAUGAUGUUUAUAGCUAUGGCGGGAUCUCAUCAGAUAUGGAUGCUGUUCUUGAAUGAUGCCAAGUGGAUAAAAAACAGUGACUACAAAAAGGGAACAUGCAUCAACUUUGCAGGCAGUGGUAAUGAAGAAAACCGCAAUAACAGCUACCCCCACCGAGCGGGAUUUGCUCAGCCGUCUGGCCUUACUACUGCAUGCUGGGAUAACAUCAACUUCCUCUUUGUUGCCGAUAGUGAGAGUUCAAGUAUUCGCACAAUAUCGUUAAAAGAUGGCGCUGUGAAAGCUCUUGUUGGAGGAGAACGGGAUCCAACGAACCUGUUUGCGAGUGGAGAUGUUGAUGGGAAGGGGUACGAUGCCCGCUUGCAGCAUCCUCUUGGUGUUGCUAUGGCGGGUGAUGGUACCCUCUUGGUGGCAGAUUCAUAUAACCAUAAGAUAAAACAGAUCACCAUCAAGACGAAGGAGUGUUGUACCCUUGUUGGUCAUGGAAGCCAAGGCGAUGAGGGUGGCAGGUUUGAAGAUGCAGCAUUUGAUGAACCAGGAGGUCUGGCUUGUUCUCCAGAUGGCAGCACAGUGUACGUAGCAGACACCAACAAUCACAAGAUCAAGGUGUUGAAUAUGCAGGAGAGGUCUGUGUCCGAGCUUUAUGUGCUGAUGUCAUCAAAGGAUGAGGUCUCCAAGAAAGGUGUGACUCCUUGGAAGCGUCUGACUCCCAAGAGUGCCAAGGUGAUUGAGUGUGACCCAAUCAGCGUGCAGCAGGAGUUUGAGGUUGUGAUAAAGAUAAGUCUCCCUGUUGGAUCAAGGUUGACAUCUGAUGCUCCUAGUUCAUGGCAGUUAUGGAUGGAAGAUCCUUCCAUCCUGUCUGUCCUAACAAACGACACCAAGACAUCUGGCCGCAUCACUGACCUCGAUGACCCACCGAGAAUACGUUUUAAGAUUCCGGACAGUUUAAACAAUAGCACACACGAUAUUAAGGACAUUGUCCUCGAGUGCAUGGUCUAUCAUUGUAAUGAUGAAGGGUUGUGUAAGAUGUCGCCACUUGUGUUCAAAAAACCAUUUGAAAGACAAAUCUAUGAUGGCUCUGCUGUGUCAACAUACACAAUUGAGUAUACAGUCCAGUAGUAAUUGUUCACAGCAGAAUCUCAAUGGACAUUUAGAUUGCUUAUCGAACCUGCAUUGUCUCUGAAAAUAUGAAAGAUCAAGUGAUAAGCUCAGUGGCAAUGAUGUGCAUAUGAGGUUUCAUGUUUUGGGAAGGAGAUUCCCUUAGUGCUAUGCUGACUUGUAAAGGACUAAAGUCAGGAUAGAGACAGUUUCCAUUUGGUUUAUUCAAAGAGGAACUCAUUAUUUUAUAACCAUUUUUGCAAUACUCCAUGUAUUCCAAUUUUAUACUAAUGUAUCUUUUACAUAACGUUUUUACAUAAAGUGCUUGUAGAUGUAUGUAUGUAUUUUCUCUUUUAUAUUUCACCCGUGACAGCUACAUUGACCUGUAAAGCUAGUUUUGAAUAAACUGAUAAUGACUGC